AUGGAGGAAAUCGUAGCUGCAGACACUGGAGAGGUCGUGCUCUUGAGACUGAAUUAUGCUCUGGCCUUAGGCCUCGAAGGCGAGGUCCCUUGGGCCGCGGCCUACUGCGUGUUGAAGCGUCCUGGAGGUUUCUUAUUGGUGCUCCCUGCGGGCUACCUACCUUCUCAAGUGCUACUGGAUAUAUCCGGGGAAGGAUUUCGUGGGGCUCUCGGCCCUCACACAGAGACUUCGGCCCCUGCAGUAGAGCUGAUGGAGUCGGGAGAUGGGCCGGCGUUUACCCGGCCAGAAACCUCGACGUUUUGCUUGCCGACUUCUCAGAAGAGGCUCUGGCCGGCGUGGAGCGGGACCGCAGGAGUGGAAGGAGACCGAGGGGCAGGCUACGUCACGGCGGAGGAGUUGGUUCCGGACCAGCCCCCGGCUUUGGGCAGACGAGCGAAGGGGCCGCCAUUGGCUGCACAGCAGUCGGAUAUCAUGCAGGCCCUGCAGGCUUUGUCGACUCAGGUGCAGAAUCUCGCAAGUGCAGGCCAAGCCGUGGUGGCCCCGGUUCCCGACGACGAUCGCAACAGCCCCGCCGGGCCAAAGAAAGUAUCAGCUCUGAUUGGGGCUCCGCCCCGACCGAAGGCACCUCCCGCCGAUCUGGAUGGAUUCCCGAUCGACGACGGUUUGGGAAUUGGCCCUAUCGAGGAGGAGUCACAGGACGCCGGUGGACCAAUCGCAGCUGCGGUUCUGGCGCAGAGUCGAGCCCUAACUGCCCUAGUGGCUCAGAUGACCAGCUCAUCGGAUCCCCUCUCCGAUCUUGGUGGAGGAAGCUCGUCCCUAUCGACAAAGGGUUCGGCGGCCAGAUUGAAGUUGCAAAAGGAGCUUGCCGCUCGCAAUGGGUCUUUCUACGAGAGAGUGCAGGAGGCUGCACUGAGGAGGAUGGACCCCGCCUCCGGCCCUCUCCAGGUUGGCGAGGACGCGAUUGGAAGGUCGGUGAUGUGCAGGUACCUGAACGAUAAGGUGGCUUCUGAGACCUCCGUACCUGGGGCUUGGUGCAGUGGCAGCCCAAAUCUUCGAUUUGCUGGGCUCAGACCAGGUCGCCGGGGCGAAAGAUGCUUUAGCCAUAUUGAUGAUGAUGGUGGACCAGAUGGUCCUAGACUCUGGUUCUCCAGAGCUUGGUUGGAUAUUAACUCUCCAACCGGAUCCACCAGGCCAGCUAUUCUCCGCCCAGUCAAAUGUGGCAGGCUCCAGCCUGCGUCCGUGCAGCCACUUAUCGGACCCAAGGUGGGUGGCUACUGCUCUCUCCUAUGUAAAGGAGAUGGAGAUUUUGGCAUCGCGGCGAGCAGAAGUGGCAAAGAAGCCCAGCGCGGCACCACCCCCGGAAGUGCCACCGAAAGCACCAGGGACCCUGUCUCGCAAACAACAAAGGGCAAAACUAUGGGCGGAAAGGAAGGCGGCUCAGCCGAAGAGCUGAAUCGGAGCCUUCCAAAGGAUGUGGAGUCUGCGGAUGAGCGGCCUUAUAUUGGCCCCGUCUGCUCCUCUCCUCCCCUUGUUCUCCCUAAGCUUAGUCCCUUGGCGGUUAAUUAUAAGGCCUCGUCUCAGGUUUUAGGAUGUAGUCUGCAGUCCCAGGCCGGACUGCCUGAUGAUGCAGGUCUUGGGCUCGCCUCUGAGCCGUCCCUUCCCACCUUUGGUGAGGCACCGCCUUCAGCAACUGCUACUUCAGAGCGCCCUUUUGAUAGGCUGCUUCCGCCCUGCCAGCAUACGACUGGGUCUUCCACAGGGCCGUCUGAUUGGGCCGCUACUUGUGUGACCACGAGCACUACGAAACCCCACGCUGCACCACGAGCGUCGGAUGCAUCCCCUUUUGAUGGAGUCCCCGACUUUUGCUCCGAAUUUGACUUUUGGUCUUGGGCUUCAGCCCUGCCGCGUCUGAUCUCUGCUAGCCGGACCUCCUUUGCGAAGUUCCUACAGAGUACUUUUUGCGCCCUUUCAAGAGGCCUUCCGGUCUCCCCUACCGCUCUCUUUCCGCUGCCCAUCCCAGACUUGUCUUUGUUUGGACCAGGCGGCCCUCAGGCUAGGUUAAAGGCUGACUUCAAAUAUGUGCCCGUUGACCGCCUAUGCCUAGGGGGGCCUCUCGAGCGCUACCUGGGGCCUGAGCUUCUGCUCCCUUUCCUGGAGCCUCGUGUGCUGAGGUCUAUCCCGCCAAAUCCGCUGCCCUACCCUGAUGCAAGCAGAGAAGACGCCGCGAGGAUGCGGGAACUUUUCAGAGUCUGGGACGCCAGGGGUCUCUUGUAUAUCUCGACGGAUGAGAAGGCUCCGCGAGAGCUGACUCGGGUGUUCGGGGCUUACAAGUCCGACACCGCCGACCGCCAGAUCGGCGACAGACGAGGUGCCAACGGCUGCGAGGACCGAGCGCUCGUUUGGAUGCCGCUCAUGUUGCCUACCGUUCGGCCCGCCUUUGCGUCCGUCCUUGAAGAAGCCCGAUUGGUCUCCCCGGAUGUGCUGCCCCGCCACCUUUUCGACCCAGAAACUCCGGCCUACGGCUUCUACCAAGGCGACCAUGCUGGGGUAGAAUACGGGACCGAGGCGCACGGAAACCUUCUCGAAGAAGGAGGGCUGCUCCUCCCACCUACUCGCCUCUUGGCGAGUAGGGCGCCGUCUCGGCUUGGACCCUGGGAGGGCUUGAUAAUCGACGAUUACUACUGUAUCUCCUCAGAGCCUGCAUCCGCUGAUCCUACCUCCUCCGAGGCCGCCCGCCGUGUCAGAGCAGCCCAUGUGAUCUAUGAGAGGGAUCAAGCUGGUUGCUGCUUCGUUUCAGCCGCGACUCCGAAGCUUCUCGCUCUUUCUGUGAUUAGCUUGAAGGCUGCAGCGAUGCCGGCCAUCUCCGAGGAGCUUGCCUCAAACCUUGCUGGGUCCUGGAUCUCUGCCCUGAUGUUCAGGAGACCGCUUUUUGCUGUGCUCGAUGGCCUUUUUGGGCUCGGCAAGUCCUCAGCCCAGGCCUCUAGAAGUGGCCUUCGUUUUCUCCCGAGGAAGGUUGCUCAGGAACUCGUCGUCCUGGCUUCUCUUGCCCCUGUCCUUCUCAGCAAUGUUGCUGACCCGUUCUGUGACAGGGUGUUCUGUUCUGAUGCCUCAAUGAACCGUGGAGCGACAUGCUCUACCAAAGUGCCGGAGGAGGUGGCAGCCUCGCUCUGGCUUGCAGCCGAAAAGAAGGGAUGCUACACAAUGCUCGACGGCGGAGCAGCAAACUGCAUCCCCCCCGAUUCCGACCACGAGGACGGAGAGCUUGAAGUCGCAGCCAAAAGGCCGCUCGCCUUUGACUUCGAUGUUCUCCUUAUCUUUGAGGGAGCCCUCUACUUGAUUUGGGCUGGGAAAGCCCGCAGCAUUGCCAUUGUUUUCCUGGCGGGGCUGUCCCCCAGCCAGUUGAAACAUCGCAACGGAAAAGGCCUUUCCACUGAAGGGGCCAGCUUAAUUUUCAGACGCAGCGUUGCCCUUUUCAAAGCGGCAGUCAGGGCCUCCGUCCCGGCAGUAUUCUUGUAUAAGAAAGGAGCGGGAGUGCUGGCCACCGCCCCAGCACGGAAUCUCUUGGCGGUCGACAAGGUCCUGAUCGUCCCACCUGCGAUCGGGGCACAAGGUAGCCUGGGCCAACCUGGCUUAGCCUUCUGCCCGACUGGGUUUCCGAAGCUCUUUUGGGCUAGCCGCUCCGUGCCUCAAGCCGCUGCCUCGGGGCUAGUCAGCCUCCUGCUGCCCACCGCUUCUGCCAACGCCAAUGACCGCCCUCUCAGCCCUGGGUUAGAGAACAUAGCAGUCAAUGAGAUCCUUCUAACAGGUGAUUGGCAAAUUGAUUCGCAAUGGGCAUGGAAGCGGCAGCGGCACAUCAAUUGUUUGGAGACAGAAGCCACAGUGACAAAGCUCAGGGACAUCGCUAGAGAGGGCCAAGCCUUCGGAGUCGCCGGGGGAAUCUUCCCAGCCUACCUCUACGGCCCCACGAGAUUGAAUAUAUCCGAUGAUCCCACUCGUGACGUGCCGCUGCGCGAGCCGCACCCCGUCCGGCUCUGUCUCCUGCUCGCGCCCGUUGGCUACCCGCGUGAAAAGUUCAUAAAGAGCCUCUGCUGCGACGACUGGAGAGGAUGCCCCCGGGCACCUCCGGCUAGAGGAAAGACCGAUGCUUUCACCAUUGGAGAGCUCUUUGACCUCCUCACUUGUGAGUGCAGAGAUCGCUUCGGCGACAAAUACGGGGGCUCCGCAAGCGUCAUCGCCUCCCUCCGUCCCAGAGUUCAAGUGGUGGAAAAACUAGCUAGUGCAGACAGGUCUGUUAGCCCCGGCUUCCCCUUCACUGCCGUCACUUUGCUUCAGCAGGUUAAGGCUAGCCCCCACUCGGACCGCAAUCACCCUGAAGCUUCCUUCAACCUCAUAUGCCCCAUUAGUCUUUUCAGUGGUGGUGAGGUUUGGGUACAGUCUCCAGGCGGAGCCGUGUGUGAGACCAUCGGUGGAAAGAAACUUGCAGGAGAGCUCUACGAUGUUGCAUGCGGCCCGAAGGUUUUCGACAGUCGGAGAAUACACUUCACCCGGCCUUGGACCGGGCUCCGCAAAGUUGCUGUUGCCUUCUGCGUUAGGGAGCCUCCUAAACGCCGGCCGGACGAACAGCGCCGCCUCCGCGCUCUUGGGUUUAAACUCCCGAAGAAGGAUCACCGUGAGUGGUGCAUUGCACACCGAGCUGAGUUUGACUUUGACUCUUCUCUCGGCUACCCUGGUGAAGGGCCUCCCCGUCUGGCCCUGUUCUGGACUUCUGUGUUGUUGGGCUGCUCCACCUGCCUGUCCGUCCUCUCUCCGAGGAACCCCGCCGACGUUGCUCGUGCGGCAAAGUGGUCUCCUCUUGGACUUCCUGCCGGAAGAGUUGUGCUCCCUAGAACUGGUUCGUACAGGGUUGAUCUAGCCGCAGCUUUUUCGCAAUGGCUCCUCGAGCCGCUGGAUGCCGAGGCUGUCAGCGAUUGGAUUGCCCGGUAUGGCCGUGAUCUGUAUGGGUCGGGACGGCCCUACUGGCAUUAUUCCGAGACAAUCAACGCAGUAACAUCUCUGAAGCCGGUUUUGAGAAGACAGGUCCAGGCCGCAUGGGAUUUGGGUUUCGCUUGGCUCAUUGAGGAACCGACAUCCCAUCCCACGGCUAUCCCGGCUGUCAUCUUGAUAGCUAUCCUUUCCGCGAGCCUGGCUUGGGGCUGGACCCGGGAGGCUGGCUGCUUCGCUCUGGCUUUUGGUGGUUUGCUGCGAAUCGGCGAGGUUAUUCAGUGUAAACGUUCGUCAUUAGUGCUGCCCAGUGACGUCUGUGACACGCAGAAAUAUAUUUUGGUACAUAUCGAGGAGCCCAAGACGAGACAUAAAGGACCUCGCCACCAGGCUGCUAAGGUUGAGUCCGCAGAUCUUGUCAGCGUUAUCCAGCUUGCUUUCGAAUAUCUUCAACGAGGAGAGCUUUUCUGGUACCUCUCCCCACAAACUCUGCGAAAGCGCCUGGAUUCGAUUCUCAAAAGGAUUGGAGCAUCGCCAGCUCCACAUGGCGUCCGAGAAUUGGAUUUGGGUUCUUUCAGAGCUGGAGGAGCCACUUACAUCCUGCAGCAGACCGAAGAUUCCGAAUGA